CUUCGGUCUGCGUGUUUUCAACUCCUCCAACCGCGGACUCUCCUGAUUGAAACAUGGCUACCGCGACCGUUCUCGAGAAGCCCAACAUUGGGGUUUUCACCAACCCCAAACAUGACCUGUGGGUGGCCGAGUCCAAGCCGACCCUCGAAGAGGUGAAGAGUGGUGAAAGCCUCAAGCCUGGAGAAGUGACCAUCGAAGUGCGCAGUACCGGAAUCUGCGGAUCCGACGUGCACUUUUGGCAUGCAGGAUGCAUUGGUCCCAUGAUCGUCACGGGGGACCAUAUUCUAGGUCACGAGUCGGCUGGAGACGUUAUCGCGGUCGCGCCGGAUGUUACUUCACUCAAAGUUGGAGAUCGAGUUGCGAUCGAACCCAACGUUAUUUGCAAUGCAUGCGAGCCAUGCCUGACUGGUCGCUACAACGGCUGUGAGAAAGUCGCCUUCCUGUCGACACCACCAGUGGAUGGCCUGCUGCGACGUUACGUCAAUCACCCCGCAGUUUGGUGCCACAAGAUUGGCGAUAUGAGCUAUGAGGAUGGUGCUUUGUUGGAACCUCUCAGUGUGUCACUAGCUGCCGUCGAGCGCAGCGGUCUCCGUCUAGGCGACCCUUGUCUGAUCACUGGCGCCGGUCCUAUCGGUCUCAUCACCCUGCUCAGCGCGCGCGCUGCGGGUGCAACUCCACUGGUCAUCACUGAUAUCGAUGAAGGUCGCUUGAAGUUCGCUAAAGAACUCGUGCCUGAGGUCCGCACCUACAAGGUGGAGAUCGGUUUCUCCGCCGAAGAGACUGCAGAGGGUAUCAUCAAUGCGUUCAACGACGGUCAGGGAGCCGGCCCCGAUGCUUUGAGGCCCCGUAUCGCCCUUGAGUGCACUGGAGUUGAAAGCAGUGUUGCAUCUGCCAUCUGGAGCGUCAAAUUCGGCGGCAAGGUGUUCGUGAUUGGAGUCGGCAAGAAUGAGAUGAAGAUUCCAUUUAUGCGCCUGAGCACUCAGGAGAUUGAUCUCCAGUACCAAUACCGGUACUGCAACACCUGGCCCCGAGCCAUCCGUCUCGUAAAGAAUGGUGUGAUCAACCUUCAGAAGCUAGUUACCCACCGCUACGCACUGGAAGACGCGCUCAAGGCUUUUGAGACGGCGGCAAACCCCAAGACAGGAGCCAUUAAGGUCCAGAUUAUGAGUUCGACUGCUGACGUCGAAGCUGCCUCCGCUGGUCAGAAAAAUUAACGUUGAUGGAGAAAUAUCGGGGGUUUCAGAUCUGGCGCGUCGCCAUUGCCAUGAUUGUCUUUACUUUUGUUUGACGGACGGCGUAUGAUGUUGGCUAACUGGUUUGUUUGUGCAUUGCGAUAAUGAACAUUGUUGAUGUUUUAUGACCAUUUCCCUAGAGAUGCAUGCAGGCUGUGAGAAUAUAGAGAUGCAGGUAGAAAUU